AUGGCGGCCGCGGUGCUGGCGGCGCCGGAGGGCGGCUCCGCCGCGAUGCCGAUGGGGAGCGCGGCGACGUGUGCUCCUCCGGCCGGUCCCGCGGGCCCCGGCUCCUGGAGCCGAUCCUUAGACCGAGCUUUGGAAGAAGCGGCGGCCAGCGGCACGCUCAGCCUGAGCGGCAGGAAGCUGCGCGAUUACCCGCGGGCCAGCGCCGCCAACCACGACCUCAGCGACACCACCCGAGCCGAUUUGUCACGGAACAGACUGUCAGAGCUUCCCGCAGAAGCAUGUCACUUCGUCUCCCUCGAGAGCCUUAAUUUGUACCAGAACUGCAUUCGAUACAUCCCAGAGGCUGUUUUGAACUUACAGUCCUUAACGUUUCUAAACAUCAGUCGAAACCAGCUUUCAACGUUGCCAGUACACCUCUGUAGUCUCCCACUAAAGGUUCUGAUAGCAAGUAAUAAUAAGCUGGUUUCCAUACCUGAAGAAAUUGGGCAGCUCAGACAGCUGACGGAGCUCGAUGUGAGCUGUAACGAAAUUCAGACCAUACCUCCGCAGAUUGGCAGUUUGGAAUCCCUACGGGACCUCAAUGUCAGAAGGAAUCAUUUGGUGCGUUUACCUGAAGAGCUUGCCGAGUUGCCUUUGAUUCGAUUAGAUUUCUCCUGCAAUAAAAUAACAACAAUCCCAGUUUGUUAUAGGAACCUCAGACAUCUGCAAACCAUCAUGUUAGAGAACAACCCUCUCCAGUCACCCCCUGCACAGAUAUGUAUAAAAGGGAAAAUUCACAUAUUUAAAUAUCUCAACAUAGAAGCAUGCAAGAUAGCUCCAGAUUUGCCUGAUUAUGAUAGGAGACCCAUGGGAUUUGGAUCUUGCCACGAGGAGCUUUAUUCCAGUCGUCCAUAUGGAGCACUUGAUUCUGGCUUCAAUAGUGUGGACAGUGGAGACAAAAGAUGGUCAGGGAAUGAACCAACAGAUGAGUUCUCAGACCUCCCUUUACGUGUGGCAGAAAUCACUAAAGAGCAGAGACUGCGAAGAGAAAAUCAGUAUCAAGAAAACCGAGGGAGCACAGUCGUAACCAAUGGUGGAGUGGAACACGAUCUCAAUCAGAUCGACUAUAUCGAUAGCUGUGCCACAGAAGAGGAGGAGGAAGAGGUGAGGCAACCCAAGUGUGUGGACUCAGACAGCCUCAGCUCACAAUUCAUGGCGUACAUUGACCAGCGGCGAAUCUCUAAUGAGAGCUCACCAGCAAAGCCAGUGUCUACUAGAGAAUGUCCGAAGGCUGAGGACACGAGGCGGUAUUUACAGCAGAACAGGGACACUGAAUUACGAAGACCUGAAACUCUAAAUUUGAUGCAGGACAGAGAGCAUCACCAAGUGCUAAGGAGUUAUGUGGACAGGACAGAGAGACCCCCAGCUGAUUCACCUUACUUUCUCUCUCUAUCGAGUCACCAGAGUCAGGUGCCCAAUGCAGACCCUGACCUGCACCGCAGGCACAUAGAGCGUACCCGGCGGGAGGCACAGCUGGCAGCACUGCAGUAUGAGGAGGAAAGGAUGAGAACAAAGCAGAUCCAGAGAGAAGCUGUUCUCGACUUUGUUAAGCAAAAAGCAUCCUUAAGUCCUCAGAAGCCAAGUCCUCUGGAUAGUGAGUGUCCCUUUCCAUCCAGAAGGUCUCAGCAUACUGAUGAUAGUGCCUUGUUAGUGAAUGGCUUUGAGCCUCUCUUUGUGUUUGAGAUUGACAGUAACACCAAUACCAUUAAGAGAAGGCCAGGGACUCACAAACAGAGUGAUGACAGAUCCACCAUCUCUCCUGGCUCACCCUCCACUCAGACAGUCCACCUUUCCCCUGCACAUCCUGGUCAUGCAGCCCUGCCUUCCUAUAGAAACCCUUCCCAGCGACCCGAGAGUUUCCUUUUUCGAGCAGCUGUCAGGGAUGAAGCAAACAAAGUGAUUGCUUCAUCAUCUUCCCGUGCCUUGUCUCCUGCUAAUGAUUCUGCAGACACCAGAGUUAGGCAGAGCUCCAAGCAGCGUGAGGAGGAGCUGGAGCUGAUAGAGCAGCUACGUAAGAAUAUCGAAUCACGGUUGAAAGUGUCGCUGCCCAGUGAUCUUGGAGCAGCUCUCACGGACGGCGUUGUUCUGUGCCACCUGGCUAACCACGUCCGGCCUCGCUCUGUCCCCAGCAUCCACGUCCCCUCACCUGCUGUUCCUAAGCUCACAAUGGCAAAAUGCAGACGAAACGUGGAGAAUUUCUUGGAAGCUUGCCGAAGGAUCGGAGUGCCUCAGGAGCAAUUAUGUUUGCCUCUCCAUAUUUUAGAAGAGAAGGGUUUGACACAGGUAGCUGUGACUGUGCAGGCGCUGCUGGAGCUGGCACCCCCAAAGCAGCAGCAGCUUCACCACUUGUCUGCUGUGUAAAGACCUCCGGGACUUUUGGGUUACCUUGGCUAAGCAGAAGGACGUCAAGACUUUACUGCCCAUGCAGUGCAUCCAAACACACAGAGCUCUGUUCUAAGGAAACGAGUUUCCGUGAUUCCUGACAGGAAUGUUUCGCUUCGUUUCUCCAUUUUUUUUGGAGAUCACCACAGUUUCCAAUCACGUUUUGAUUAGCGGUAAUUUUGCCCCCUGCUGAUAAAUGGGUGGUGAGGAGGGCAGGGAGUUCCAGGGGCUGUUGGAGCCGGCUGUCGAAAUCAACCUUGUAGGUGGAAGACAUUGGUGUACAGUGUGGAAAGCUGUUCCCAUAGGAAUUCAUUUCUCUAAUUAAAAAAAAGAAAAAGAAAAGGUGGUUGCUGCCGUGGGCACGAGGGGAAUGAGAUGUCAUUCCUUCUCCACGGGAUUCAGAGCAAGCUUUCUUUGCCUCAUGAGAACAGCAGCUCUUUCCAUUUUAUAAACAUAUAUGUAUAUAUUUUUUAAAGAAUUGCAGCACAAUCUAACCAGUACAGUGUUUCGUAUCAGGGUCAGUCCUUAUGCAGCUGUGUUAGCAUAUCCUCAUUACUGAAGACGUGUAGAAAAGGGGGUUCCCCCCCCCACCCAGAGGAAAAAAUACUGCAUGUUUUCUCCAAAAGGAACAUCUUGGUAAAAGAUGCUCAACCAGAACUGUUUGAAUUUACUGAGUAGCGGUAGCGUUCUUGCUGGAUUUGUGUUCUGUUGGGGCUUCAAGGCAUCUAUGAAAACCUGAGCAACAUCGGGGGUCUCCCACCUCCUCUCACCUCCCCUUGGAGCCCUGUGUGAUGCAUUUGGUUACUGAGUGGUUUUGUCACAUGGCUGCUGAGAAUCACGUCUGCAUUUUGCCAGCACUGAGGUACAGCCUGCCCUGCGAGUCCAUUGGAAGCCGUGCCCAGGUUGUGCAUCUGGUGGGGGCUGCAGCACCAGGUGCAGGCGUGCUGAGUGUCACCACUGCUGAGAAAUGCAUCGUUUUAGGAACAUAAGGACUGAAUUUCCACAGGUGGGCUGCAUGUUGUCAAAGCAGAAGUGCUACAAAAGGUGGCUUCUAUUUGUGGGCUUGGCAGGGCUUUAAACCUUUGAUGGUGGGUGUUUGUAUAGAGGGAUGCACUGGUUCUACACAACUGCCAUUACUUUCUUCCUCUUUCUUUAACAUAAAGAUGGAAAUUCAGUAUACAGGAACAGGAGAGGCAGCAGGAGAGUUUGGAAUUACUCUUGGAAGUUAGUGUGCAAAGCACGGGUGGGUAGCUGUCUGUGCUCUUGCCCCAGCAACAAAGCCAAGCUCUCUACCAGAUCAAUUACAUUUUUUUUCCCCCUAAGACAGACCUUGGAAAAUGCAGUUCUCCAUGCGCACAGUUCUUUUGCUAGUUCUGAUCAGUUCAGGCCAGAACAGUGUGCCACUAACACGGGUUGCAUGAGGUCUGAGACCAGCAUCGUGCCUCGGAGUUAUAUUGGAAGCAGAAUACAUCAAGAGGACUUUAUAGGUGUAAAGGAAGGAGGAGUGAGGAAUGGUGAGCUAAACGCCAUUUUCACUGCAGUGAACCUGCCGCAGGGACGCUGGCAAAGACUGCUCUUAGCUGGAUUUCUUCCCCUUUUGAUUUGCAGCUUUCUUUCCAGUCUGUUUGCUCCAUGUCUGAGCGUCAGGACUCACCGUGAUGGCUGCUGCAUGGGUGUUUCACACAAUUCCAGUUGCUCCUUAUUGGCAUUGGCUGAUUGUGUUGCAGGUCACAAAGAACACAUGAAAGGGAUUUAAAACUGCACAGCUGAAAGGAGAAACCUUUUCGGUCCAACUAGCGCGUUGUAGGAGAAGAGAGCAGCUCCGUGCAGGCCUGCUUUCCUCCCAAGUAGGUUUUAUGUUUCACGUAAUUCCACUUGCAGGGAUUGUUGGGAAUUCUUGAGGGGUUACGUAAGUGUCAGGAGUUACUGCUGCAGUUGGUUGGAUGGAAGGUUCUGCCACUCACAGCAAGCUGCAGCGUAGCACAGAUGUUUCUUGUGUGUCUCUCGUGCAGUUGGAAAGAGGAGGACACUGAAUUCAUAUUAGUUUUAACAGGAGGUCAUUUGGAUCAUAUGGGAGCACAGGAGGUCAUUUGGAUCAUAUGGGAGCACGUCACUUCUUACUAGCACUCGUUGCCCAUGGAGUUUGUGAGGGUGUUGUUUGCUUUAGUCCAGCACUUACAGACAAUAACACAAUUCACAGCAUUCAGGUUGGUGGAAGUUUCAUUAAUACGAGUUCAUAGGAAUUAAUGGGUUGGAGGUGGGGGGUCUGAGCUGCUGGAAAUGGCCGUGUUUGUUGUCUGGUUAGGACAGCCGCUCCGGGCUGCAGGCAGCGCACACACAUGGCACCUGAGCCCACCAACAGGCAGUGUCACCUGGCUGUCGCCCCGCUGUCACAAGCAGCAGCUCGCUCCGGCGCUUCCAGAUGUCUGUGGCCACGUUAGGUUAACCUGCAUAGCCUUGUGUGUUCGUGCUGGCAGAUACUAAGUGUUGACCAGACGUUUAGGACAAAAAUCCAAGCCUAAAGUUUCAUCGUACGGUUUAUUUAAUGUGUUAUACCAAAAAACAGUUCUGUUUUGCAGACUAAGUGGGAUUUUUUAGUGUGUUUAUGUGCAAUUUUUGUUGUGUAUAAAAUUCUAUUUUGUGUGAAGAGGCAAUUACCUUUCCUUUCCGGGGCAUUCGUGUUGGAGGAUGUGGGAGGAAUCCAUCGGGGCGUUUUGUGCUUUGCUGGUGCUCAUCCACCAGCUCUGUCGUGUCACCAUCCUUCCUCAAACGAUGGUGAGCACUGAGUUUGAGGCUCUGCAAUGUUACCCCCCCAAAAUCGAGUGGCACUGGCACUGAGGAGUCCCUCACAGCAUUGAUGUGAUGAGGUCAGAACAGUGGGGGUUUGAUUCUUCCCCUCAUGAAGGAGGGGACUUGGGUGGCCUGGCUGAAAUAAACCACAGAGAACUUUUCACACCACCGAGAACUCGUCUGCCAUUCUCAGCUGUGACACAGUGGCAAAUGGUUCUGUUAUCCUUUUACAACUGUAAAUGUUCCUUUGGAAAACUAAAACUAAAAAACAAAAAAUAAAAAAAGUGUUUUAGGAACAGAGGUCUUCUAAAGUGAAUUUAGACAUUAAAAAAUCCUUUUGUGUAGAUACCGUGAUGUUUUACAGAGCAAUCUAAUUUUGUUAUUUCUGAAAGCAGUGUAAACGUGUAAUUAAUAAAGGAUUUUAAGGCUUCAUCCCAUGCUGUAAGUCUGUAAAUACAUUCCAUGAUUUCUAUGUCUGUUAAAUAUAAAUAUGUUUGGAUAUUGUACACUUUAUUUUAAAUUGCCUGUAUUCUGCCAGUAGCGUGAACUUCCAGCACAAUAAUAAUAUAAAAGGAAACCGUGGGUAAUUUGAAAUAAAGUUGUAAGACUUACAUGAA